GCACGUUUAGCUGCGGCAGACUUGGCAGAUGCUUGUCGACGGAGUCGGGAGAAAGUGGUGCGCUGUUUGCUGGAGGCGGGUGCUGAAAAAGAUUGCAAAGUUCAUGGCAGCCGCAAGACAGCCUUGAUGCUCGCAUCUCAGAAUGGUCACUUGGAAGUUGUACGUCUGCUGCUGAAAGCUGGUGCCAGAACAGAGAUUGCACAUGAUAGAGGCAAGACAGCGUUGGUUUUUGCAUCUGAGUGUGGCCACACGGAGGUUGUAAAAGUACUGCUAGCAGCUGAUGCUGGGCAAGAGUUUGCAGAGCUUCGUGUCAAGGCAGCCCUACUGCCCGCAUGUGAGAAGGGCCGCUUGGAGGUUGUACGAUUGCUGCUGCAAGCUGGCGCCGCAAUAAAUGACACAGAUGAUGGCGGCACGACCGCCUUUAUCCUGGCAUCUCGGGGUGGUCACUCUGAGGUUGUACGUUUGCUGCUCGAAGUAAGUGCAGGAAAGGAAGUCCCAGACCGUCAUGUCAGGGCAUCCCUACUGCUCGCAGCUGACAAGGCUCACUUCGAGGUUGUACGGAUUCUGCUGGACGCUGGUGUUGCACGGGAUUGCACAGAUAAUGAAGGCAGGACAGCGUUGAUGCUCGCAUCUCGGAGUGGUCAUUUCAAAGUUGUACGAUUGCUGGUAGAAGCUGGUGCUGGAGUAGAGUUGACGGACCGCCGCGGCUGUUCAGCCUUGAUGCUUGCGUCUGCGAAGGGUCGGUCGGAGGUUGCCCGAUUUCUGCUCGAAGCGGGUGCAAAAGAUGACACGGACAAUGAGGGCAAGACAGCAUUGAUGAUGGCAUCUCGUAGUGGCCACGUGGAGGUUGCACGUUUGCUGCUGGAAACGGGUGCUGAAAAAGAUGUUGCUGACCCUCACGGCAAGACAGCCCUCAUGCUCGCAUCUGAGAGUGGUCACUUGGAAGUUGUACGUCUGCUGCUCGAAGCUGGCGCGGCAACAGAUUGCAGCGACGACGACGGCAAGACAUGCUUGGUACUCGCAUUUGAGAAGGAUCACUUGGAAGUCGCACAGGUUAUUGCUGGAAGCCGGCGCCGAUAG